CAGACACACACCACCGAAGCCCAAGUGACCAGCCUCUGCUCACUCACUCGUCACUCCGUACCCACCCCGUCUGCCCGCGACCCCCCGAGCAAAGGCCGAUGUCGUCGCAGCGGCCGGGCCGGCACCAGCGCCGGGCGUCGCAGAGCGUGUUCGUGCUCCCGGAGAACCUCGCCACCCUAGACGUCGACGCGGCGGCCGAGGCCGGCGGGAAGGCCGGUUCCGACGGCGCCGGUGCCGAGCAGCAGGCAGCGAGGCCGCCGGCGGGGCGCCACCGCAGGGCGAUGUCGGUGGCCGUGGCGUCCAGGGACCUUGAGCUGAUCAAGGAGGACCUCGGCAGCUACAAGCUCGGCGCUUGAUGAGCAUGCCAUGGGUCAUGGGUGUGGGUUCUCGUUGCGUCAUGUGUAUAUAGCCCUGUGGGUUAACCGUACCCGAAGCUGGCUUUGAUCGACGCUUAAUAGAGGCUCAAGUUUAAGGUCGUCUCAGUUGCGCUCUUUUUUUUUCCCGCUCACGCAUGUAAAAUAUUACUACUGUGUAACUUUUCAUCACGAAGAAGAAAGUAUUUGAACUUUUAA